CUCACCGUCGGACCUGACAAUUCUCCUUUCCGCCACUCCUUCCCUCUUCCCUUUCUCCUCUCUCUUCCCUCUGGUACUCUUCCGCUGACCUCCUGCCAAGUUACGACCUUCCACUGCUGUCCCGUACUUCGUACUCGGGCACCGCUCAUACCUUUGCUCCGAGCCUCCAUCAUAGUCCCUACCUCGGACUUUGACUCCACUUCAGUCUUAGUCCAUUGCAUUGGUGACCUCAUACUACGUAAACACCAUUGCCAAUAUUCCUCGGACUUUCAACCCUGCCUCCAUAAGCUCCAUGUAUUUCUUGUGUUUUCCCCUCAUCCCUAUUUGGACUGCUGCUUCUCCCCAUUCUAGCCAGUUAGUCAUCAUCUUACCGCUCCGCUUCUGUCAUCCCUUUGUUCCUGUUCAGACGCCUUCGUUCCAAUUCGGAUCCCCUUUGUUUCCUUGUGCUUUUGCCCCCUCCAUUAUAUAUAUCGGCGCUUGUACAUACUCGUUUUGGGCUCAGUCCGAAAUCGACCUGAAAUUCCUGCUCGCCUACUGUGAAAUUAAGGACCAAAUGGACAAACAGCAAUGGCACAGCGCUCUGCUUGAGUCGCUGAGGCCAAGGUCCUUCCACGCUAAGUCUCCGAUUCCACUUCCGGAGUCAUCUGUAUCGGCCCAUCUCUAA